AUGGUAACAACUCCUGACAUGUUAUGGUUGGUCAUCGCGAGUGGUGUAGCAUGUUUUUUUAUGGCAUUUGUAACAGGAGCAAAUGAUAUAGCAAACACGUUUAGCACAUCCAUUGGAUCCAAAGCUUUAAGCAUUAAGAAAGCUUUAAUUAUUGCCUUUUUUUUUGAGGCAUUAGGGGCUUCCUUACUGGGUGGCACAGUUACUGAUUCUAUACGUUCAAAAAUAAUAAACUUUGAAGCAUUUUAUGAUGCUCCAGAAUUUUUAAUGCUAGGAAUGUUUUGCGCCCUUAUGGGUGCAACCAUGUGGCUAGCAAUAGCCACAUGCUUAGGAUUACCUGUAUCGACAACACACAGUAUAAUUGGAGCAUUAUUGGGUUUUGGAUUAGCUGCAGGUCAUACCAAAUCAAUUAAAUGGGAAAAAAUUCACAGUAUAGUUAUAUCAUGGUUUGCUGCACCUGUGUUGGCUGGAAGUUCUUCAGCAAUAGCUUUUACCAUACUACGUCAUUUAAUUUUGAGAAAAAAAAAUUCUUUUCAGAUAAUAAAAAAAACAUAUUGGUUUUUAAUAUUCUUGAUAACGUUGCCAUUUAGUGUAUUUUUAGUAUUUCAAAAUCCAAUCGUGUUAAAUAUUGAAUGCAAAAUGAAGAAGGGAAAUACUGUAGUUACAACUUCACCUUGUUAUGUUCAGGAUUGGAGUGUUGCGAAUUCUUAUUAUGCUUCCCUUAUAUGUAUAAUAUUAUCAUCCUUUUUGACAUGUAUAGGAUCUGUAAUUAUAUAUUUUGUAUAUAACAAAAGAUUAAAUGAUUAUAACUUUAAGAAAAAAUUAUUUGGUGAUGACAUGAUGAACGAUUUGGAAAAAAGUGGAAUGGACAAGAAAAAUAAUAGUAAUAAUAACGCUAUAUGUAAUGUAAAUAAUAGUAGUCUAAACUCAGUUGCUUCUAACGAAACCCAAGUUACUCAACCUAAGGUACCUUUAUCAGGUCAAAAACAACAAACCAAGGUUGUAGGAUCAUCGUUAGCACCAUGUGAAGAAAAGCAUAUUGAAAAAAAAAAAAUUCCAGAAGAAUAUGAAGAUGAGGAGGAACAGAAUUAUCAAACCAUAAUAAACAUGAAAAAUGUGCAGGAAACAAAUAAUGAUAUAAAAAUUAAUAAGUGUUGUAAGAUAGUAGGGAGGAGAAAUUGUAACACUGAUAACGAUAGCAAUAAUAACAUAGCCCAAACAGUGAUUGAAAAUUUUGAUCAUCAAACAGAAAUUGUUUUUUCAUCUCUUCAAAUUAUUAGUGCAAUUUUAGGUGUAGUAGCUCAAAGCGCAAAUGAUACAGCCAAUGCUAUUGGACCUUUUGCUGCAGUAUUUAAUACUUAUAAUAAUGGAAUUAAAGAGAAAUUAAAAGUACAAUGGUAUAUACUUCUCUUUGGAGGUUUAUCCAUGUCUCUUGGUUUAUCAAUAUUAGGGUAUAGAGUUAUUAAAACUGUAGGUAUGAAAUUAAUUAAAAUUACUCCAUCAAGAGGUUUUACCAUAGAACUUAUAUCAGGAUUGGUUGUUUUGUUUUUUAGUAUUUGUGGUAUACCAUUGAGUUCUACGCAUUGUGCAGUGUCAAGUGUUAUUGGGCUAGGAUUAGUAGAGGCAAAAAUAUCAAAUGAAAUUGAUGAUGUUAAUAAUAGUAAUAACAAUAACAAUAACUGUUGUAAUAGGAAAGUCACCAGAUUAUUGGAAAAUGGAAAAUCCCAACCAGAGAAAGAUACAAAUUUGCCACUAAAGAAGAAAAAUUUGUUUUGUCCCUUUUCAUUUUUGAACACCUCAUGCGUAAAUCUGAAACUUUUUAGGACCAUUUUCCUAUCUUGGAUAAUAACAGUGUCCUUUUCCGCAACUGUAACUGCAGGAAUAUUUUCAUUUGCAGCUUAUAGUCCGUCAUAUUUUGUAAAGACACCAGUAGUAGUUCCGGUUUAA